CCAUGACAGAGAGAGGAUACAGCCGGGAUGCAACGCAGUGCCGCGUGAAAAUCAAGGAGCUGAGACAAGGGUACCAGAAGACCAAAGAGGCAAACGGACGCUCCGGAUCCCAGCCCCAGACAUGCCGUUUCUAUGAGGCACUGCAUUCCAUCCUAGGUGCGGCCGCCACCACUACCCCACCACUGACCGUGGACUCUGAGGAUGGGAUAUUGUCGACGCCCGCUUCCUCGGAGAUGUUAGCGGACGGGGAAGAUGAGGAAGGAGAUGAGGAGGACGAGGCAGUCGACAGCGCUUACAACGCUGAUUUCCCAGACAGCCAGGAUCUCUUCAUCACCCUCACCGAGAUCCCCUACCAACCGUCCCCAGGCGUUAACCCGGACCCAGAAUCAGGGGAAGGAUCAGUCGCUGUGACUGUCUCCCAACCUACCCUGGCAUCACACUCCCAGAGGCUGGCGCAGGUUAGGCGUAGAAAGAAAAGGACACGGGACGACAUGUUCUCAGAACUUAUGGGCUGCUCCCGAGCCGAGGCAACCCAGCAGACCCAGUGGAGGGAGAACAUGUCGCAAUACCAGCGAGCACACAGCGAACGGGAGGAGAGGUGGCGGCAGGAAGACCAGCAGGCGACUCAAACGCUGCUUGGACUAAUGAGGGAGCAAACGGACACGCUCCGGCGCCUUGUGGAUGUUCUGUAGGACCGGAGGCAGGAGGACAGAGCCCCGCUGCAAUCUAUCUGUAACCACCCUCCCCCGCCACAAAGUCCCAUACCCCCCUCACCCAAAGUACCAAGAAGGAGGGGCAG